GCAGCAGUAGCCUUCGCCUCCGAGGGUAUUAACAACUGGCGGAGGUGACCUGUUAAAAGGAUAUGAAAAUGGACUUUACAGUUAACCACACAUGGGAUGGCUUACCUCUGAGCCAUGAGCCAGUAACAAUUGGGUUGAAGUUGGACAGUGCAGGACUCCUAAUGGAAGUUAAUGCUCCUUUCUUUAAUGAUCCUCCAGCUCCUCUUGGAGAGGCAGGAAAACCUUUUAGUAGACUUUGGGACUAUGAGGUUGUAGAAGCGUUUUUCCUGAGUGACAGAACUGAACAGUAUUUAGAAGUUGAACUUUGUCCCCAUGGACAACACUUGGUGCUGCUGCUUUCUGGAAGAAGAAGAGUAUUGAAAGAAGCGCUUCCUUUAGAGUUUGAGGUGACCAGAAUGAAAACUAAAUGGGAGGGUAGAGCUCAUCUUCCUUGGAAUUACUUUCCACCGUGCACUAACAAGUUCAAUGCAUUUGCAAUUCAUGGCUCAGGAGAAGCAAGAAUAUAUGAAGCACUUCAUCCUGUGCCUCAACAUGAGCUACAGGAAGGGCAGAAACCAGAUUUUCAUCGCCUGGAAUUUUUCAAAGACUUGAACCUGAGCCGACUAAUGGGAGAAGAUUGGAAGCAGCCUGAAUCAAAUAUAUGGAAGUCUCUCACUAAUUAAAUGGAUUGAGACAUGAAU